CCCGCCCCCGUCCCCGCCGCCCGGCCCUUUUCCCGGGGCGCCCGCGCGGCCAGCUCAGACCUCCCGGCUCGACAGGCGGCGCGGGCGGCGGUAAAAUGUCGGUUCCAGGACCUUAUCAGGCGGCCACCGGGCCUUCCUCAGCGCCAUCUGCUCCUCCAUCCUAUGAAGAGACAGUGGCUGUUAACAGUUAUUACCCCACGCCUCCAGCUCCCGUGCCUGGGCCAACUACGGGGCUUGUGACAGGGCCUGAUGGGAAGGGCAUGAAUCCUCCUUUGUAUUAUACCCAGCCAGCGCCCAUCCCCAAUAAUAAUCCAAUUACCGUGCAGACGGUCUAUGUGCAGCACCCCAUCACCUUUUUGGACCGCCCUGUCCAAAUGUGUUGUCCUUCCUGCAACAAGAUGAUCGUGAGUCAGCUGUCCUAUAACGCCGGUGCUCUGACCUGGCUGUCCUGCGGGAGCCUGUGCCUGCUGGGGUGCAUAGCGGGCUGCUGCUUCAUCCCCUUCUGCGUGGACGCCCUGCAGGACGUGGACCAUUACUGUCCCAACUGCAGAGCUCUCCUGGGCACCUACAAGCGUUUGUAGGACUCAGCCAGACGUGGAGGGAGCCGGGUGCCUGCCGCAGGAAGUCCUUUCCACCUCUCAUCCAGCUUCACGCCUGGUGGAGUUUCUGCCCUGGUGGUCUCACCUCUCCAGGGGGCCCACCUUCAUGUCUUCUUUUGGGGGGAAAACGUCGCAAAACUAACAAACCUCCAAACCCCAGCAAUUGCUGCUCGGAGUCGUGCAUAGGACUUGCAAAGACAUUCCCCUUGAGUGUCAGUUCCACGGUUUCCUGCCUCCCUGUGACCCUGAGUCCUGCCAUCUAACUGUGAUCAUUGCCCUAUCCGAAUAUCUUCCUGUGAUCUGCCAUCAGUGGCUCUUUUUUCCUGCCUCCAUGGGCCUUUCUGGUGGCAGUCUCAAACUGAGAAGCCACAGUUGCCUUAUUUCUGAGGCUGUUCUGUCCAGAGCUCAGCUGAACCAGCCUUUAGUGCCUACCAUUAUCUUAUCCGUCUCUUCCUGUCCCUGAUGACAAAGAUUUUGCCUUACAGACUUUACAGGCUUAGCUUUUAGAUUCUGUAACUGCAGACUUCAUUAGCACACAGAUUCACUUUAAUUUCUUAAUUUUUUUUUUAAGUACGAGGAGGGGCUAUUAACACCGAGUACAGACAUAUCCAUGAGGUCAUAAAUGCACGCUAGAAAAAUAGGGCUGGAUGUUAUCACUGCCCUGUCUCCCCUUGUUUCUCUGUGCCAGAUCUUCAGCGCCCAUUUCCAUACAGGGAUUUUUUUCUCAUAGAGUAAUUAUAUGAACAGUUUUUAUGACCUCCUUUUGGUGUGAAAUAAUUUUGAACAGAAUUUCUUUUUUUUUUUUUUUUGAAAAACAGAGAUGGGAUCUUACUAUGUUUCCCAGGCUGGUCUCGAACUCCUGGGCUCCAGCGAUCCUUCUGCCUUGGCCUCCCGAAGUGCUGGGAUUGCAGGCAUGAACUACCGUGCUGGGCCUGAACAUAAUUUCAAGAGGAGGAUUUAUAAAACCGUUUUCUGUAAUCAUAUGAUUGGUGUCAUUUUCCCAUUUGCCAAUGUAGUCUCACUUAAAAAAAAAAAAAAAAACAAAGAAAUGUAUAAUUUCAUCUACUGCCUUUACUUGGGGUUAAUGUGGUUCUUAAUCACCUUCAUCAUGGAACUCUCAAAGUGGGGUCCAUUUUGGGUUCCUGGUGGUGGGUUUUGAAAGAUAAGGGAGAGCACAUUUUGAACAUGUCUGGGUACCAUGGUGCGGAUGCUUGGGAACCAGAACUGUUUCAGAGGAAUCUAAAGUCUGAUUUUAGUUUUCAGAGACACGGCUUGUUGUAAAACAUGAGAAGACAUGAUUUCUAGGACUCAAGCAGCAAGCCAGGAUUCUAGGUUGGCUGCUGUGUCAUCUUUGAAGUCAAGACAAAGCUGGGCUCGACCUUCAAGAGUCCUCGUUUUGAUAAUAAUUCAGCAUAGGGAACUCCCGUGAAUACUACUAUGUAGAAAUAAAACCUAGACCUUGAGCGAACAUCUGUAUAUUGGUUGAAAAUGAUAGUGGUAACCAUUGAUCCCCCUUCAUUUGAUGUUUGGAAAAGUCCAGUAAUUAUCAUUUUUGCAACGAAUAUGGAUACCACAUAGUACUUUGGUGUUACCUGCUUUUGAAAAAUAAAGUCUUUGGUUCACCCGGUGAACUAUGAGUUCUUUUGGUGUGAAGAAAGGGCUCAUGUUGCAUUUCCAGCCAUUGCUACAAAGAACCUUUAUUUGCUCAGUAACGGUAGAAAAUCCUUCCCGAUUAAAAACUUCAGAAUUGCUGAAUAUCCUGCAAUGCCAAGAUGACCGAUGUUGAGUUGGGUGGAUUUGCUAACGAGUCAGAUUUGAACAUGAGGCUAUUGGAACCCAACAGGCGUCACUGAUGGCGGCAAGCCAUAGCUUUCAAGUUUUAAUAAAAUGCACAGAAG